AUGCUUCUUUCUUUGCUUCUCGGGCCUACCUUAGUGGCCGCUGGCCCAACGGUCACUACUAGAGACAGCUCUAGCUCAGCUGUUUCUGUCAGUGAAAUUGUGCCGAAGGACGCAGCUGCCGCAGUUUUGCGCCCGUUUGUAUCAUUUUCGAUUGAGUUCUCCUCCUUCCCAGAUUUUGCAGGCAACUCAUCUCAACCAAAUACGUUCUCAAAUCAGCUCUUAGACAACCUUGCCAACCUCCAAGGUGUUAAGCCUUACAUUCGAGUUGGCGGAAAUACACAGGACUUUGCAUUAUAUGACCCCCACUUGAAAACUGGAAUCAACGGCACCGUCGUCCCAAGUGUAUCGGAGGAUUACCCAUCAAUCAUUUCCAUUGGCCCUUCAUUCUUUGAAUCAUAUGCAACAUGGCCAGACACCAAAUUCAGUUUCGGAUUUGACAUGGGCCAAAACGGUACCAAGGCCAUGAAUACGCUACUUGGUACUGCUCCUCUCGCAUGCAAGGCUCUUGCAAAUGGGAAGCUGGCCUAUUGGGAGAUGGGAAACGAGCCAGAUUUGUUCACUGGUGACAAACGGCCAGAUAACUGGACAGAAAGUGAUUAUGUGACUGAAUGGUUGUCUAAGUCUCAACUUGUUAAGCGUCAAAUUGCCAAAGCGUGCCCUGAAUUGGCGAAGGAUGAGGGAAUCAAGUUCAUCGCUCCUUCAUUUGCUGGAAUCUCUAACGAUCUGGACGCGGUGACGACUUGGGAAGAUGGACUUGACGAGCAUCAUGAUAUCGAACUGAAUUCGAUGCAUAACUAUAUCGGUGGUGCUGAUCAGCCGGGUGUUACUCUUGCCAAGACACUGAUGAACCAUACAUCUACUGUCGCCAGUGUCCAGCAACAUGUGAAUCUAUCAAGUGUCCUCAACGAAAAAGGCCUCACCAAGAAUAUCCCCUACAUCCUAGGAGAAACCAAUUCACUCUACCACCAAGGCAAACCCGGGUUAUCGAACUCCUUCGGCGCCGCGCUCUGGGGCGUCGACUUCAAUCUGUACUGCGCAUCGCAGAAUAUCCGCCGAACCCACAUGCACCAAGGAACAGAUUACAGAUAUGCAUCCUGGCAGCCUAUCCAAACAAACAAAACCACCGUCGGCACCAAAGCCCCCUACUACGGAAAUGUUAUGGUCGCUGCAAUGCUCGGUGGGGAUGACAGCAACAGAAACGCAGAUGUACAGGUCGUGAACCUUCCAAUGGCCGAGGAGACAGAUGCCGCGUACGCUGCGUAUGUGGACGGAAACUUAAGCCGGAUUGCCGUGGUAAAUAUGGUGGAGUAUAAUUACACAGGGGCAGAGACUGAGGAGACUCGUCCUGUGGCGAAAUAUUCGUUCCUUUUGCCCGGGACUAAGGAGAAAACGUUAUCGGUGCAGCGACUGAUGGCUAACGGGAGUGAUGCAAUUACGGGUAUCUCUUGGGAUGGCUGGUCAUAUAAUUACGAAUUGAAGGGUGGUGAACCCGUUCGAUUGGGUAAUGUUACUAUUGGAGAGAGUGUAUCUGUGGACUCGAAGGGGGUGGUGGAGCUCAAAGUUCCUUACUCGAGCGGUGUUAUCUUGAACGUGUAG